AUGAACACUUCUAGAUAUCACUCUCAGAUAACACUCAUCUCUGCUAUAAAGCAAGCUGAGCUCAGCGAUAACUCACUCUUCGUUAUCAUGGACGAAGUGGAAGUCGCGAUGCACAUUGAUCCUCUCGCAGAGGCCGUUAAGGACCUGAAAGAGCAACUGAACGUCGUCGCUGUCGGCCUAAAUUCCAAGUUCGAUGCCCUCGCUGACAUGCUUACUCGCCAAUCUGUCACUCUCAAACGAAAAGUGGAGCUCUCAUUGGAAAGAACGCAGCCAAAAUCGAACUUCCUUUUUUGUCCAAUAGAGGAUAACAAAAACUGCCAUCCCACGGGCAGAUGUUGCCGUUACUCUGAUGCCAUAAAGUGA